AGACAGCAUCAUCAUCCCACUGCACGAGACGUCGAAACUGCGGUUAAGAACCAUAAACAACCAUACUUGCAGAGUCCAUGCCUUCUGGGAAAGGUACCAAACCAAAUUCUCCACAUCCCAGGAGCGACAGCAAACACCUGAAGAAAGGGUCGCACAGUAACAGGAGUUCGAGCCCCCAUUCCAAGUCGAGUAAGCUUGAUUACAAGGGUAAAUCGCCGAGGGGAAUCAGGACCCCGGCAGACAGCAUCCAAGGAAGCGAUGAACGCACCGAAUCCUUGUUACGCUCCACCAGUUCAUCGGAGACGUCUGAGACCGUUGAAACGACCACGUCAACGGACCUAGACGAGAAGAAGAAACGUACGGUGCGCUCAAUUGCAGUCUUUUUCCUCGUUGUGGGUCUUAUCCUUGGAAUGACCGUCCUGGCUUUGCUUCGACAAAAGGCACCUCCACCCGAAGUACCACGACAGCGUAGGAGUGUUUCACGUACCGUGAUGGGGGUGUACUACGAAUGGGCUGCAGUCUCUGGAGCCAAGGAAUGCCAAGGCGUCCCCAGAAAGAUAUUUAAGAGAAACGGAACCAUUGGUGACGUAGCCGUCGCUACUCUACUCUGCAUAUGCGUCGUAAUGCCUCACAGGUGUGGUCUCGGAGGAGGAUUUUACGCCGUCUAUUACAACAGGGCUAAGAAACAAGCCUAUUCCAUAAACUGCGGCGAGAAGGCUGCAAAGGCUGCCAGGAGCGACAUGUUUCAAUUAGUCGAAAAAGAAAAGUCUCUGUUCGGUGGUCUAGCUGUCGCGGUGUUCGGCGAGCUACGCGGCUACGAAUUGCUACUGAAGACAACAGGGAGCACGGUGCCGUGGAGAGAGCUCUUCCAAGAUGCUAUCACUUUCGCGGAGAAAGGCUUCACGGUGUACGAUGAUCUGGAAGAACAUAUUCGGCGACUGCAAAUACGCUACUACAUGAAUGCGGAAAUUAGGGAUAUCCUGUUCAACAGCACCGUGGGCAGGACGUUAACUGUUGGCGACCGGUUCGUUAAUAAGCCCCUGGCGAACACACUGCGCUAUCUGGCUCGGUCGAAACCAGACGCUCUGUCCGUUGGGCAAUUAGCCGAAGCACUCGCGAACGAGAUACAGAAAGCGGGGGGCAUCAUUACCGCGGAUGACUUUCGAAGCUUUUAUCCCAUAUCAGAGAAGGCCCUGGAGACAAAGUUCGGCGACACGGCCAGCUUGUACACGACGACUUUGCCGUCGGGCGGGCCGAUCCUCUCCUACAUCGUCGGAAUCAUGGACAAGUUCCGCAGUAAUGCCGGUUAUUUACGAGACAACGAAUUCACCUGGCAUCGCAUGAUAGAGGCCUCGAAGUUUGGAUUUGCGCGACGCUCUAAUUUUUCAGACCCGUACUCGCCAGACGUGACAACCAAUCAGAGGAAAGCUUUAUUGGAUCUCGCACAGUCUCUUACCCACGACACCGUGAGGAGAUUAACGUCCAAUAAAAUACGCAACAAGCCACAACCCAAGCCAUCAUUCUAUAGCAUAUCUGGGAAGCACAUCCGAGACCACGGCUCUGGACAGUUGGCCGUCGUCGCUCCCAACGGAGACGCCCUUGCCGUGAUCAGCAGCAUCAACACAGAGUUUGGAGCCCUUGUUCUCUCGCACCAGACUGGGAUUUGGAUGAACAACGCCAUGGACCAUUUCUCGACACCCAAAGAAUGGAACGAGCAUGGCCUGCCACCGACUGCAGCUAACGCUAUCGCUCCUGGUAAGCGACCCCUGUCGUCAUCAGCGCCGAGCAUCAUGGUCAACGGCAGGGGUGACGUCAUAUUGGUCAUCACUUCCACUGGCUCUGGCACCAUCAUAACUGGUAUAGCGCAGGUGCUGAUGCGAAUUAGGUGGAUGGAACAUUCUGUCAAGCAGGCCAUCGACUGCGGGCGCCUUCACAGUCAAUUGUAUCCCAGCACAGUUUUUCACGAACGCAUAGCGGACAAUGUGCGUCUGAGAGGACGUGUUGGCAGGACUACUACACCGCGGCCACACACUCUCAGAAAUCGUCUGGGACGGCACCGUGAACGUGAUUGCACGUGACUAUACAACUUGGAGCCUGAAUAGCACCUACGAUUACCGCCAGAGAAGUUCUACAGGAAUGGAUGGCGUCUAGAGCAGCACCCACUGCGCGUGGCGCGGACCACAACGAUGACACGCUGAAUACUGUCUACUAUAAGAAUGCAAUACAGUUUUACGAUGUUA